CAACGCAAUCAUACCUUCAUUUUUAUACUUCGCAUGGCUCAAUUAUUAAUUGAAUGUUCAACUAUAGAAGAUAUUGAGGCUAGAUUACAAGAGAAACAAUACCAUAUAUUUCUAUUAUUUUUUUCUGCACCUUGGUCUCCACAAUGUAACGAAGUUAGUCAGGCACUAACAGAACAUAUUAAAAAUCCAGAUUAUAGCGAUAUGAUUUUUAUUAAAAUUGAUUCUGAAAGUGUACCUGAUUUGUUGGAAAAAUAUAGAAUUGAAAUGGUUCCCACAUUCGUUUUCAUUCAGAAUAAUAAAAUUGUUGACAGAGUUGAUGGACUAAAUCCUAUUGAACUCAAUCAAAAAUUAAAAUAUUGGGCAAUGGAUAUACCUCGAAAAGGAAAAUUAAAUUUUGAUUCACACAAUCAUAAUACAUCUAUAAAGACAAAACCUGUAACUUUAGAAGAUAAGUUGAAAAAUCUAAUCAACAAGAAUAAAUUUAUGUUAUUUAUGAAAGGAUCUCCAGAUCAUCCUCAAUGUGGAUUUAGCAAGCAAAUUGUUAGUUUAUUAAAUAAAAAUGGUAUUGAAUUUGAACAUUUUGAUAUUCUUCAGGACCCUGAAGUGAGAGAUGGCCUGAAAAUUUUCUCAAAUUGGCCCACAUAUCCACAACUGUAUAUUAAUGGUGAACUUGUUGGUGGCUUGGACAUUGUCAAAGAGAUGGAUGAAAAUGGUGAGCUUAAAACUAUGUUAAAUGAUCUACAAAAUGUGGAAAAUAAACAAAUAAAAUCUACUGAUAGUGGAGAUACAAAAUCUGAUAUUAAUAGAAGGAUUGAAAAGUUGAUCAAUAUAGCUCCUGUUAUGGUAUUCAUGAAAGGAGAAGUUAAAAAUCCAAUGUGUAAAUUCAGUAAGGAACUCAUUCCCAUUUUAAAUGAAACAAGUAUUCCUUAUAGCACCUUCGACAUUCUCGAAGAUGAAGAAAUAAGGCAAGGUUUGAAGGAAUAUACAGAUUGGCCCACUUACCCUCAGAUCUACGUUAACGGACAAUUUGUGGGCGGUUUGGACAUUAUAAAAGAAUUGAAGGAGACUGGGCAAUUGAACACAACACUCAAAGGCCAAAGUUAACAACUUUAAAAAAAAAUCAUCCUUAUCGCUUAUGAGAAUUAUAUGUAUCGUUGAUUAAUUUAAAAAAAAUAUGUAUAUGUUUAUUAAAUUGUGAUGUUAUCAUGAAUAAACCAUAUUUUUUAUAAUAAAAAUAUUAACAUUUGAAAA